UGAAUUAUUAUGUUUACCCAUUUUAAUUUUUCAAUUUAAAUUUCAUAAUAUUUUCUAUAAUAGCAAUAUAAAAGUUUCUUUUAUUAAAUACACUUUAUCAGGAGAAAAGAAAAUGCAUAUUCCUUUGUGUAUUACUUAAAAAUUGUACGAAAAAGUUUUAUCAAUAAUUUUGUUAAGGAACUCUUCGUUAUUAUUAUUGAACGACUACUGACCUAGUUUCUACAUUCUUCCCAUUGUUUUGACCUAAAAUAUGGCAGUCACGGAACUUUCCUUUGUUACUUUUAUACCAUUUGUGCGUUUUGUAAAUAAAAAAAAUGUGCAAAAAGACAUUAUAUUAAUUUGGUUGUGAAUGAUGACUCGCAGCCCUCAGCUAUGAGUGGCCACUACGAUUUACGAGGUUCAAAGUGCCAACAUGAUGUACAAGUUUCUAAGAACAUUCAAUGUACUCCCACAAAACUGACCUUUUCUGGAAAUUUCACCCAGAAUCAAAGGUUAUUUGACAUAAACUUGCCAGAGAGACGUGCCAGUAUGCGACGAGACAUACUCAGCGCAGUCAUGAAGAGGACUGAAUCCAGGUUGGAGCAAGAGGAGCCUAAAGUCUUCCAUGAUGACAAUCCAAUGUACGAGGAUCCAAGAGAUGUCAUAGGCGAAAAACCUGCAAAACCUCCAAGGAAACGAAACAUCCAAGCUAUAGCUGUUUCAUCACCCAGAAUGAGUAAAGAAAACAGGUCACUGCUGAGAGAACAGAAGAGAAAACUCAGUAAGAAAUAUGAGAGUCUAAUUACAUCAUUAAUGGAUAGAUGUGAGGAGAAUGUUUUACAGAUAUCAGAAAGAGACACCCAAAUAAGUAAAUUGAAAGAAAAGCUGAAAACUGUGCUAGAAUACAAUAGAUUGUUUGCAGAAGAGAAUGACCAAUUGAAGUCACAGUAUGAGACACUGGUGAAGUAUAUAGAAGAGUGCAAGCAAGUUAUAAAGGAGGAAAGAGAACGAAACAAUACAUUAGAAGAGAAGAGUAGAGAAUUAGAGAAUAGAGUGAAACAGUAUGAGGUUCCUGAUAGAGAGAAUGCAGCAUCUACAACCGCUAUACCCCUGGUAGAGGUGUGCAUGAGUUGCAGCAGUCGGCAGAUCAUACUAAACCAGGCGCGGGAGCAGAACACCAGACUGCAAAAGGAUAUGCAGGCGUUGAAGGACGUUUUAUAUAGAUUAAAUGUUCAGCUGUCGCGUUAUCAAGAGAAAUUACGGGCCAACGUGCAGGUGUUGAAUGCUGAUGGUAAAGAUAUAUACAAGCCUGGCGAGAGACCCGACGGGUUCGAUUCUCUGAUCACCGCUAGUCUUAACUAUAAAGAAGCUGCUCCUGAUGAAGCGCAUUCAAGCAAAACUGGACUAGAUGAGCAAACCUCCGGACGAGUGGUAGAUUUGUCUGGAUUGCUAAGUGCGCAGGCGCUCGCGCCUCUCUUCGACGCUUACCAAGAGAAUUUACAAGAGAAAGAUACCCUUAUACUGGAUUAUGAGAAACAAUUCGAGAAUAUUAACAAGAAAUCAAAACAAAUUGUCAUCGAAAACAAAACGUUGAGUGAAAAAGUAAGCGUGUUAGAAGAGGAGUUAGUGCAAACAAGACAGAACUAUAAAAAAAUAGUUGUCGAGAGGGAAACCGUGGAUAUAGAGAAAGCUACGUUGGUGGAGCGCGCAGAACGUGCUGAAUCCAAAUUGAAAGAAGUGUACGAACUCUAUGAAGAUAAAAUGGCAGCGAUGAUGCGGGACUACGAGACGGUACACCGCGAGUACUUCGCAGCGCGCGGUGCACUGGAAGCGGCCGACGGACGACUGGCGGCGCUCGCAGUGCAGCGCGCCCGCACCGUGCCGGCCGACCUGCACGAGAGGAGACUCGACCACUGCAAGAGACUUCUAGAAGAACUAAAACACCAGUACAGCAUGGAAACGGAGCGUAAGACAGAACAUACUGCCAAGCUGCAAGAGCAACUGAAGGUUCUAGAAGAUAAGUACAACAAGAUCUGUCAGGACCAUGAAGCUGUUAAAGAGGAAUUAAGAGCGGCAUUGAAAAAUGUUAGGUUAUACCGUAAAGCAGCUGUAAUAUUUCGACAGCGCGUUAAAACGGCGACCGCACGAGCGACGCGAGUUCGCCGCAGCGCGCGGAAAUCUCGUACUGCUAACGAACCGUUACGGUUAGCGCUUGAUGCGCUGGAAAGGAUCAAACAUGAAAUAAAGGUAGUAAAGUCUCGCGCGUACACAUCAUUAGAAGAACUUGAGCGUCGUAUAGUAGAGCAGGAGCGUCGCGCUGCCCUCGCACAAUCGGAGUACCGCCGGGAGCUGGAGCGAGCUUCGCUGGCCUUGGAGCACAAGGAGGGCAUCAUCAAGAGCCUCAUCGACAAGGUGGCUGAUAUUGAGGAGGUCCGACUCAGCCAAACUAACACGAGUCGACUCCAAGGUAUAGUCUCAGAUGGAUCAGAUCAAUCCACGUCUCGUGAAGAGAGAAAGGAGACAAAGUCUGGCGUCAAACUGGUACCGGGACCUGGAGGUUACUUCCAAGAAAAAGAAGACAGAAGAAAGAGAUUAUAGAGUUCAAUCGAUAUUAUUUACAAAAGUUAGAAGUAGAUGAAUUUUAUAUUAUUCACUGCCUUCGACUAAUAUUGUCAAGUAGAUACGACAUAGUUGUACUGAUAUUGAUCAAAUUAACAAUGGAAAAGAGCGAUUUCAAUUAGGGAUUAUUUAAUUGUAAGUAAAUCAAAGCGAAAUUCCGUCCUCUAAUGAAACCAUAACAGGCAAAAUGUACUUUUUGUACCUUCAUCUUUCAUUAAUCUAUUAUUAUAUUUUUCAAUGUUUCUACUUUUAACAUUAUUGCAAUAAAGCAUUAUAAAUAAAAAUAAAAUUAUAAACAGACAAAUAUACAGUUGUGACCUUGUCACGAUUUUAUUAUAACUAAACGAUCGCACGCAACGCCUGCGUGAUAUUUUUCCCGUUUUCUGCAACAUUUUUCACCAUUGCUCCGUUUAUAUUGAUGGUAGCGUGAUGUUAUAGAGCCUACCUCAACAAACGAAUUUUCAUAAUCGAAUCUGUAGUACCGGAGAUUACCCGGAAUAUCCAAACGUACAAACAAUACCUCUUUAUAAUACUAGUAUAGAUAUGUAAAGAUCAUGUAAGAUUUACACAUUAUAGAUGUCUUUUGUAACAAUUUUAUUAGAUGUUCUUGUCAUUAGAUUGGCCUAUUGGUAGGACUAGUGCAUGAUACAUGAGUAGAAUAUAUUAUAUUGGGAUAGACUGUAAAAAGUCCUCAGUCUUCAAAUUUCAGGUUUGAAGCAUCUUUGUAAGCUGUUUCGGUUGUAGGAUGCAGAUUAGGCAAUGGA